AGGCUUUCUCACCAUGGCCAUAACACAGUUUCGACUCUUUAAAAUCUGCACUUGCCUGGCAGCAGUGCUUUCUUUCGUUAAAAAGUUAAUAUGCAGGUCUGGAAGAGGGCGAAAGUUAAGUGGAGACCAAAUAACUUUACCAACCACAGUGGAUUAUUCAUCUGUUCCUAAACAGCCUGAAGUAGAAGACUGGUCUUCAUGGGAUGAAGAUGCACCUACCAGUGUGAAGAUUGAAGGUGGCAACGGUAAUGUGGCUGCUCAGCAAAAUCCUUUGGAACAAAUGGAACCUGAUUAUUUCAAAGAUAUGACACCAACUAUAAGAAAAACUCAAAAAAUAGUUAUUAAAAAACGAGAGCCGUUAAAUUUUGGGAUUCCAGAGGGAAACACAGGAUUCUCUAGCAGAUUAGCAGCUACACAAGAUAUUCCUUUUAUUCACCAGUCUCCUGAACUGGGAGACUUGGAUACUUGGCAAGAAAAUACUAAUGCCUGGGAAGAAGAGGAAGAUGCUGCCUGGCAGGCAGAAGAAGUUCUUAGACAACAGAAGAUAGCAGAAAGGGAAAAAAGAGCAGCAGAACAACAGCGAAAGAAAAUGGAGAAAGAGGCACAAAGGCUAAUGAAAAAGGAACAAAACAAAAUUGGUGUAAAACUGUCCUAACAGAAACCAGGCAUCAAUGGCAGUGCCAGGGAAAAGAGAAUUUCUGCUCUACAUAUUGGUAUUGAUGUAACUAUUUACAGGACUUCAACACACUGCUUGGUUUCAAUGCAUUCUUCAGGUCAUCUGGGAAGCCAGGAUUUUCCCAAAUAUCUUGAACUACUAGUACAUGGUUCUUAAAGGACAAAAACCCCACAGAAAAACAUGCCUUGAUGGAAUGUUUCCUGCAAUAGUUCUAUUCCAGCACCCUUCUUUGCAGCAAAAGUGAUUGACAAGGAUGUUGAUUGAAAAACACUCUUAAUGAACAGCUCAAGCCUAGAGAAAAGAAUGUAAAUAUUGACUGGUGGGAAAUCUACUGUAUUGCCUGUGCUUACCUGAAACAUGUAAUUAAACCGUUUUAAAGAA